AACCAAAAAUAUCGUCUGUUGGACGAGACGCCGUUGGCAGCCUCUUCCGGAGGCCUGAUGACGAUUGCGUUUCUUGACGUGGCAAUCACCAUCGAGUAUGUCUCGACUGCAAUUUCACUCGUUUGUCUGCCAAUCAAUAUUCUUUUUGUCUACAUUCUAUUCGUCGAAAGAAAUCGUCCACCAUACAACACUCCAUUCUUCCGAUUAUGUAUUCAUCUUUCGAUUGCCGAUAUUCUGAUGGAAUUAUUCUCGACAUUUUUCUUCAAAUUUCCGUCAUUUGGAGUUUUUCCGAGCACUUUUUAUAAGGAGAACUGGUCCGUGGUCCCCAUUGCUGGAAUGCAAUAUUUGGGACAUGCACAAGCCUUUGGGAUAAUAUUUAUUGCUGUGAAUAGAUUUACAGCAGUACAUUAUCCAAUCAAACAUCGACAACAGUGGUGGACACCUAAAGUAACAAAAACGUUACUUCUUAUUCAAUGGAUAACACCACUAUUCUUCAUGGCUCCACUAUUCUCAACCGAUUUCAAAUUCCUAUUCUCCCAUAAUUCUGGUUCAGUUAUAUUUGCAGCAAGUGAUGCUCGUUUCCAUAAGAACUAUUUUCUGGCAAUGGCGAUGGUGGAUGGAAUUCUGAUUAAUUUGAUUGUUUUGUUACUUUAUGGAGCUAUUUUUAUUAGAGUGCACACCCAUGUGGUCGUUAGAAAACCCGGAGAACUUGCACUUCGUCUAGCUCUCUCCGCUUUCAUAAUUUUCAUUUGCUAUCUUGCUCUUGGAGUUUGUUCCCUGCUUUCUGCAUUGACUCCGCCUCCUGAUGCAUGGGUCUACCGUACCAUGUGGUUUGUUGUAAAUGAUGUACUGUGUAAUUCUAGUGCAUUGGUACUAUUGGCUCUAAAUCGACCAAUUAGAAAGGCGUUCACUCGACAUCUGGGAGUCUUCUCUUAUCAAGGAGUCAGCACAAAAAACCAUAAUUCACUGCUUCAGGCUGUUUAGCAGUACUUUAUUUUUUCCCUGCUUUUUGUUCAAAUCAGCUUAUUUCUGCUCAACCAUCAUAAUUAUCCAACUGCCUCUAAAGCUCUUCGAAAACAAAUUCCAUUCUAUUUUUUGUUUUAAACAACUCAUAUUUUGCGAGCGAUCUCUUUGCUUUUCUUGUGUAUGAUAAAUAAUUUAUUUU